AUGCCCGAAGCAGGUUCGACUUUGAAAUUCGAAGCUUGGGGCAAAACAGUUCGACAUCCGUUUGUCGUGUACGCAGAUUUUGAAGCUCUAUUAAUCAAACCCAAUAAUUCAGGCAGCAAAGGCGGAAACACUAAAAUUAUCGAUGAACAUAAGUUAAUGUCAUAUGGGUUUACGAUAGAUUCCGUAGAAGUAGCAAAACGCUUUGUGGAAGCACUCGUUGAAGUAGCGACAAAUAUAAGCGCGCUACUUCAGACGAAUACAGCUAUUAGAUUUACUGAUGAAGAAGCUCAGAGGCAUGCAGCUGCCAUAAGUUUGCAAGUAUGGGAUCACUUUAAAUGUGAUACCUUGGGGGUCUACAGCGAUAUAUACAUGAAAGUGGAUAUAAUGACACUUGCCGAUGUAUUUGAACGAUUCCGUGACUUAUGUAUGAGUACAUAUAAUUUAGAUAGCGUGUUCUACUUUACAAGUCCUGGGUUGAGUUUUGACAGCAUGUUAAAACAUAGCAUGGUACAGUUAGAUUUAUUGAGUGACUAUGAGAUGCAGUUAUUAAUUGAAAAUGGAAUUCGUGGAGGUCUCGUGCAAGCUUGCACACGAUGGGCUCGAGCGAAUAACCCUAAAACACCCGGUUAUAAUCCAAACGAUCCGACUUCAUGGCUGAUUUACCAAGAUGCUACAAAUUUAUAUGGGUAUGCUAUGAGUCAAUACAUGCCAUGUUCAGAUUUUAAAUGGUACGCCGGAAGUGGGGAGGAAGCACUGAAGGGUUUGGACUCGAUGACGGAAAAGUCUGAAGUGGGCAUGUUUUUUGAAGUAGAUGUACAUAGAGUUUUACAGUUCCGCCAAUCACCUUGGCUUGCUUCCUAUAUUGAUCUAAACACUCAAAAGCGAAAAUGUGCAUUAAAUGAUUUUGAAAAAAACUUUUUCAAGUUGAUGAACAACGCUGUAUUUGGUAAAACGAUGGAAUCGAUGCGAAAGCGUGUCAAGAUUGAACUUGUUUCCAAUCCUCGGAGAAUUCAAAAAUUAAUAAACAAACCCACCUUUAAGCACUGCACUACAUACAACGAUAACCUUGCAGCUAUUUCUUUGGAGAAUAAGAUAAUAAAUUUUUGUAAGCCAGUAUACGUAGGUUUUGCGGUGCUGGAACUAAGCAAAGUUUUGAUGUACGAUUACCAUUACAACGUUAUGCGCAAGCAUUUUAAAGAUGCUAUUGAAUUCAUUUAUGGUGAUACAGACUCACUUAUAUAUUUAAUAAAGACCAAAGACUUUUAUGAAGAUGUCAGAAAAAAACCAGAACUUUUAAAUCGGAUGGAUACGUCAAAUUUACCACCUGAUCAUCCAUGUUACUCAGUAGAACGCAAAAAAGUUCCGGGGACAUUCACUGAUGAAUUAGCUGGCCUUACGAUGCAUGAGAUAAUUGCAUUGCGAUCAAAAUUGUACGGGUUCAGCAAAGAAAACAUUUAUAAGUCUCUGGAAACAGAAUGGAAUACAGAAGAAAAAAUAAAAGCUAAAGGUAUAAGAACUUAUGUAACUCAAAAACACAUGGUUCUUGACGACUUUAAAAGAUGUCUUUUCGAUGAUGACAGUGAUGAUGAUUUGGACAUUUACGGUUUAAAUAAAGCAGAAGCCAAAAUGAUUGCUCAUAAUUGUGCUCUUAAGACCGUAGAGUAUGCUCACCAUGACUUAAAUACAGCGGGUAGUACAUCCUAUCGCUACGAUUAUACUCCAUACAGAGAGAAUAUAUCUAUACGAUCAUUCAAACAUCAAAUUUGUACCAUCAAAACAAUGAAAUUAGCACUAAACCGAAAUGAUGAUAAGAGGAUCAUACUUCAUGACAGAAUUCACACUUUAGCGAUUGGUCAUUAUAAAAUCAAAGAACUUCAAGAGGCAGGCGGAUUAUAAGAAUGCAAC